CAUUGCCAUCCCUACUGUUUUCUUUUCUUUUCUUGUUUUCUCCAUCUUGCAAAUCUCAUCAUUGGUUCAUCGUCGAUCUGAUAGACCUGCAGAUCGAAGAUCAACCUCCAUUCUUUUUAUUUUUCUUACCAUCAGCCGAAAUCAUUUAUACAACCAAUCCCAAAAUUCUUGGUGUCUUUAUAAGGAUGUCUCUGAGGCAUCCUACAAUCUCACAUUGGUUCUCCCAGGCCUCUAGUUUUGGUCGGCAUGUACUUCUACCAUCGACAAUGAAUAGGACUGUUGCAAUGUCCCAGCCAUCAGCUUCCUUGGCCACAUUCCGCCGUGCUUUCUCCCUCUCAGCCGACAAAAGCAGGUUCCUCCCCAGCCAAAUGAAGUUCAGGACCCGUCAUCAUAUUAAGGAGUUCUCUCAUACCCAGCAGUCUCCGGUGUCUCGACGAUUAUUUAGUUCGUCCCGGUCGAAGAGCUCGCCGAAGUCGGAGCAAUCCGCUUCGCUCUCGCAGCGGUUAAAGGCACUUUCCCGGGAAUACGGCUGGUCGGCUUUGGGUGUGUACCUACUUUUGUCGGCAAUGGACUUUCCGUUCUGUUUCGCCGCCGUUCGCUUUCUUGGGGCGGAGAAAAUCGGUCAUUAUGAACAUGUAGCCAUUGAGUCGUUCAAGAGCGCAAUCGGCACUGUGCUCCCUAACGUGCAGGAGGCACAAUCUCGAGAAGAGACUAGGACAGAUUCUAAAGAUGAGACCUCAAAAGGUAAAAUAGAGGGAAGUGCAGUGGAGAAGGCAGAUGAAGGGGCCAGCCUAUGGACACAAGUUGCUCUCGCCUAUGCGAUCCACAAAAGCCUUAUAUUCAUUCGCGUUCCUCUGACCGCGGCCAUCACCCCCAAAGUUGUCAAGGCCUUGCGGCAGUGGGGCUGGGAUAUUGUUAAAGGUAGACCAAAGGGUAUGUAGGUAGGCAUAUGUUCAAGGACAUGGAUGGCUGGGCUAUAGGGACAUAGAUAUACUUGGAUAUCUUCUCUCCGCUUUCUUUUUGGGACUUGUGGCAUAGCGAUGGUAUAGAUUAUAUUCACGGUUUGAUUGUACAUUAGCUGUUAGAUCUAGAUUCCCAGGGUGCAUACCAUGGAGUUCCCACUCUCGUACAUUUCCCAAAUGGGUAUUUAUGCCAAAACAUAUGCAUUAAGUAGGAGACAGCAGGAACGGGAGGAAGAAAAGCAGCAACGAUGAAGUCAGGAGAAAAGGGAGAGCGGUUAGGAAAAUGAAGGGGA